UUUGCACACGGCCCAGCUACUGCCAAUUAAUCUUCCUUGUCUGAGGGGCCAGCUAGGAGUGGCAGAGAGAAGGCAAUUCCUGGCUGGCGUCUGGCGUCUGAGCAGGCAUCAGGAUGUUGGGCUGGGUCCAGAGGGUGCUGCCUCAGCCCCCAGAGACCCCUCGAAAGACCAAGAUGCAGGAGGAAGAGAAAGUGGAACCAGAGCCAGAGCUGGAGGCGGAGGUGGAACCAGAGCCGAACCCCGAGGAGGCCGAGACAGAGUCUGAGUCCAUGCCCCCAGAAGAGUCAUUCAAGGAGGAGGAAGUGGCUGUGGCGCACCCAAACCCUCAGGAGACCAAGGAGGCUGCCCUUACUUCUACCAUAUCCCUCCAGGCCCAGGGCGCUGAUUUUUCAGAGAUGAACAGUCCCAGCCGCAGAGUGCUGAGCUGGCUCAUGAAGGGCGUGGAGAAGGUGGUCCCGCAGCCUGUCCACAGCGCCAGGGAGGACCCGGCUCAGAUCGUGGGUCAUGGCAGCACUGGGGACACAGGGUGCACAUAUGAACCCAAUAAGGCCCUUGAGGCCCAGGACACUAGGCCUGGGCCUCCGCUGUUGCUGUGGCUGGAGCGGAAUCUGGAGAGAGUGCUGCCUCAGCCCCCCAGAUCCUCCGAGGUCUGGAGAGAGGAGCCUGAAAGUGCCACAGGUGCUGCCUCGGACCCAGCGCCUCCAGGACGCCCCCAGGAAACGGGGCCCAAGCUGCAGGCCCAGGAGAUCCCCUCCCUGCCCACGCCAAGCCCCCUGCAGCCCAAGGAGGAACCCAAGGAGAAACCCAAGGAGGUGCUGGCUCCAGAGCCCCAGCCUGGCUCCCAGGCCCAGGCCUCCUCCCUCCCUCCACAAAGGGACCCUGCCAGGCUGGUGGCGUGGGUCCUGCACAGGCUGGAGAUGGCCUUGCCGCAGCCAGUGCUACAUGGGAAAACAGGGGAACAGGAGCCUGACUCCCCUGGGAUGUGUAACGUGCAGACCAUCAGCAUCCUUCCUGGAGGGCAAGUGGAGCCUGACCUAGUCCUAGAGGAGGUUGAAACGCACUGGGAGGGUGCCUGCCAGGAUGUCAGUACCAGCCUGCAGAGUACAGAGGGGGUUCCAGCUUCUGAAGAAGAGAACAAAGCCGUGGAGAAGAUGCCCAGGGAGCUGUCCUGGAUUGAAGAGGAGAAAGAAGAUGAGGAGGAAGAGGAAGAGGAGGAGGAGGAGGAGGAGCAGGAGGAGGAGGAGGUGACUGAGGUGCUGCUGGAUAGCUGUGUGGUGUCGCAGGUGGGCGUGGGCCAGAGUGGAGAAGACAGGAGCCAGCCCCAGAGCGUCUCAGACCAGGAUCUGCGAGAGGAGGCCGAGGAGGAGGCUGAAGAGAAGGUCAAGGAGGAGGCCGAGGAGGAGGCUGAAGAGAAGGUCAAGGAGGAGGCCAAGGAGAAGGCUAAAGAGGAGCCCCAGAACCAGGCCGACACCAAGGAGGAGCCUGAGGCCACGGCUGUCAGUUCAGGAGUGCCUGCCACGAAAGAGCAUCCGGAAGUGCAGGUGGAAGAUAUCGAUGCUGAUGGGCACCCCCUCAUGGUGGAAGAGAAUCCACCCUCACCCGUGUUGCCGCCACCAUCUCCUGCCAAAUCUGACACCCUCACUGUCCCAAACUCAGCCUCGGGAACACACAGGAAGAAGCUGCCCUCUGAGGAUGAUGACGAAGAGCUCAAGGCAUUGUCUCCAGCUGAGUCCCCAGUGGUUGCCUGGUUGGACCCCACCACCACGAAGGACACUGACAGCCAGGACCGUGCGGUCUCCACGGCCAGCACGAGUAGCGCCAUCAUCAACGACCGGCUCCAGGAGCUGGUGAAGCUCUUCAAGGAGCGGACAGAGAAGGUGAAGGAGAAACUCAUCGACCCUGACGUUACCUCUGAUGAGGAGAGCCCCAAGCCCUCCCCAGCCAAGAAAGCCCCAGAGCCAGCUCCAGACACGAAGCCUGCGGAAGCCAAGCCAGUGGAAGAGGAGCACUAUUGCAACAUGCUCUGCUGCAAGUUCAAACGCCGCCCCUGGAAGAAGUGCCAGUUUCCCCAGAGCAUUGACCCGCUGACCAACCUCAUGUACAUCCUAUGGCUGUUCUUCGUGGUGAUGGCCUGGAACUGGAACUGUUGGCUGAUUCCUGUGCGCUGGGCCUUCCCCUACCAGACCCCGGGCAACAUCCACCUCUGGCUGCUGACGGAUUACCUAUGCGACCUCAUCUACUUCCUGGACAUCACUGUGUUCCAGAUACGCCUGCAGUUUGUCAGAGGCGGGGACAUCAUUACGGACAAAAAGGACAUGCGGAAUAACUACCUGAAAUCUCACCGCUUCAAGAUGGACCUGCUCAGCCUCCUGCCUUUGGAUUUUCUCUAUUUGAAAGUCGGUGUGAACCCCCUCCUCCGCCUGCCCCGCUGUUUAAAGUACAUGGCCUUCUUCGAGUUUAACAACCGCCUGGAAUCCGUCCUCAGCAAAGCCUACGUGUACAGGGUCAUCAGGACCACAGCCUACCUUCUCUACAGCCUGCAUUUGAAUUCCUGUCUUUAUUACUGGGCGUCCGCCUAUCAGGGCCUCGGCUCCACUCACUGGGUUUACGAUGGCGUGGGAAACAGUUAUAUUCGCUGUUACUAUUUUGCUGUGAAGACCCUCAUCACCAUUGGGGGGCUGCCUGACCCCAAGACGCUCUUUGAAAUUGUCUUCCAGCUGCUGAAUUAUUUUACAGGCGUCUUUGCUUUCUCUGUGAUGAUCGGACAGAUGAGAGACGUGGUAGGGGCCGCCACCGCGGGCCAGACCUACUACCGCAGCUGCAUGGACAGCACGGUGAAGUACAUGAACUUCUACAAGAUCCCCAAGUCCGUGCAGAACCGCGUCAAGACCUGGUACGAGUACACCUGGCAAUCACAAGGCAUGCUGGAUGAGUCAGAGCUGAUGGUGCAGCUUCCAGACAAGAUGCGGCUGGACCUGGCCAUCGAUGUGAACUACGACAUUGUUAGCCAAGUUGCACUUUUUCAGGGCUGUGACCGACAGAUGAUCUUUGACAUGCUGAAGAGGCUUCGUUCCGUUGUCUACCUGCCCAACGACUAUGUGUGCAAGAAGGGGGAGAUCGGCCGCGAGAUGUACAUCAUCCAGGCAGGGCAAGUGCAGGUCUUGGGUGGCCCUGAUGGGAAAUCUGUGCUGGUGACGCUGAAAGCUGGAUCUGUGUUUGGAGAAAUAAGCUUGCUGGCUGUUGGGGGCGGGAACAGGCGCACGGCCAACGUGGUGGCCCAUGGGUUUGCCAACCUCUUCAUCCUGGAUAAGAAGGACCUGAAUGAGAUUUUGGUGCAUUAUCCUGAGUCUCAGAAGUUACUGCGGAAGAAAGCUAGGCGCAUGCUGAAAAACAACAACAGGCCCAAGGAGGAGAAGAGCGUGCUGAUCCUUCCACCCCGGGUGGGCACCCCGAAGCUCUUCAGCGCCACCCUCGCUGUGACAGGAAAGAUGGGUGGCAAGGGGGCAAAAGGCGGCAAACUUGCCCACCUCCGGGCCCGGCUCAAAGAACUGGCUGCGCUGGAGGCGGCUGCAAAGCAGCAGGAGUUGCUGGAACAGGUAACAGCAGGAGUUGGGAACCAGCCACCACAUCCAUUUCGGGCCAAGAGCUCGCAAGACGCCAAGGGCGAGGAAGGCUCAGCCGCCCCCGACCCGCCCGCGCCCCGGACGCCCCCGGAGCCCCCGGGAUCUCCACCGCCUGCCUCCCCUGGGCGGUCCGAGGGAGAGGAGGAGCGGGCGGCCAGGCCGGAGGAGCACUCGGUGAGGAUCCGCAUGAGCCCGGGGCCUGAGCCCGGCAGCGAGCAGAUCCUGUCGGUGGAGGUGCCCGAGGAGGAGAAGGAGAAGGCGGGGUGAGGCGGGGAGAGGCGGCUGCCUGCGCACGGUCCUGGCUGCGCCCCCAGUGCUCGCUGCUCCCCGGCACCCCAGCUUCCCCCACAGCCCAGGAAGAGACACUUUUCUGCAGUCGUGGCCUCAGUGGCUACCGCUGUGACCGCCCCGCCAGCCUGCCGGCCCGGACUCAGCUCCUCGCGGGGCUGGGCCUGAGAUCAACAAAUUGCAUCAAGUGUUCGAGUCCCUGAGUGCUGACUGUCAUUUGAGAGCCCUACCUUCUUCUGACGGUUUCUCUUUUUAAGAACAAAAUGAUUUUCCACUUUUAAAAUUCAUGGGUAGGGGAUAAAAUAGGACUCCAAUUAAUACAUGGGAAGCUUUGUUGGAAAAGUAAAGAGUUAUUGAAUGUGUGA